AUGUCCCAUGCAGCCCAUGAUGGUGUGCCUGACGGCGGCGUUCCCGAUGGGACAACUGGUGCCCACGUUGCUGAUGGAAACGCGGAGAAAGAAGAGUCAAGAAUGCCUUCCUAUGGCCAACGCCGGUCAACCAUGGACGAAAAGCAUCGUUCCGAUGGGAAAAUAGUCAUCACUGAGGCCGAUAUCUACGACAAGCUAGGAUUUCGCUAUCCGUGGUGGAAAAAAUGGGCCAUCAUAUCUGUCAUUGCUUUGGUGCAGACGUCAAUGAACUGGAAUGCCAGUUUCUAUGCUAGUUCCGUUAAGCCAAUCGGAAAGCAUUUUCACGUUUCUCAGCAAGCGGCUCGUGUUGGGCAGAUGAUCUUCUUGGUAUGCUAUGGCUUCGGAAGUGAGCUGUGGGCUCCCUGGAGUGAGGAGAUUGGAAGAUGGCCAAUCCUACAACUUAGCUUGUUUUUUGUGAAUAUCUGGCAGAUACCAUGCGCCCUUGCUCCCAACUUUGGAACCAUCAUUGUUUGUCGAGCUUUGGGUGGUUUGUCGUCUGCUGGCGGUUCGGUCACUCUUGGAAUGGUCGCUGACAUGUGGGAGCCUGAUGACCAGCAAUUUGCCGUUGCCUUUGUUGUGCUGUCUUCCGUUGCUGGAUCGGCCUUUGCACCUAUUGCUGGCGGACCAGUCGGCGAGUGGCUAAGCUUUCGUUGGAAUUUUUGGAUCCAGCUGAUACUCGGCGGCACUGUUCAAGCAAUCCACUUUUGGGUGCCAGAGACACGCUGCAGUAUUUUACUUGACCGAGAGGCUAAGAAACGGCGGAAGAACGGAGAGAAUGUGUAUAGUAUCGGUGAGGUUGAGAAGAAGAAGUUUUCUAUGAAGCCUAUCAUUAUCGUCUGGCUGCGUCCUUUCCUUAUGUUUGUACGUGAGCCUAUUGUGCUGUGGCUCUCACUACUGUCUGGAUUUUCCGAUGCCCUGAUAUUCACGUUUUUGCAAGCUUAUACCCCGGUGUACAAGCAAUGGGGAUUUGGACCUGUCCGCACAGGACUUGCGUUUAUUCCAAUCAUUAUUGGGUAUGCCAUAGCGUAUUUGUCGUUUCUGCCAUGGAUCAGCAGACAUACGAAGAUCAGAAAGAGAGAUCCUGACGCCUUGCAACCAGAGUCACGGUUGUAUUGGUUACUUUUUACCGCGCCUCUGGAAACUAUAGGUCUCUUUGGGUUUGCAUGGACCAGCUUGGGUCCACCGCAUGUUCACUGGAUAGCACCGAUGAUAUUCUCAUGUUGCAUUGCUAUAGCAAAUUAUGCAAUUUACAUGGCAACAAUUGACUACAUGGUCGCUGCCUAUGGUCCUUACUCUGCUUCAGCUACCGGUGGUAAUGCGCUUGCCCGUGACGUUCUUGCAGGCAUUGCUGCAAUGUAUUCUACUCCGAUGUAUGAACACAUGGGGACGGCACUUCACCUUGAAUGGCCCUCGACGCUUCUAGGCUGUCUGGCCAUUUUCAUAACAGCUCCUAUCUACAUCUUCUACUGGAAAGGUCCGACAAUCCGGGAAAGGUCCGAGUUCGCACAGUACCUGGCCAGCGACCGCAAAGCCAAGGGCGAAAUGGCAGUUCGCUGUGGCUCAGAUGUAGAAGGAGCCGAGUAUACCUACCUCAGCCAAAGCGUGCGAAGUUCACACAGGGGCUCGCAUCGUGGUUGUCAGCCUGCUGAUGGUGCCGGCCCUCGUGGUAGGAGUGAUGGUGGACCAGAAGUGUGAAUUAGUUGUAGAAUCAGUGAUAUUGUGGACAAUGUUUAUUCUCUAUUAUGUUGAGGCAGUUAGCGAGAUGUUAAGAAGGCUGCACUUACAGUGCAGUCAACUGUCUGGGUACGUUUAGUAAUUGUCAUUACGUUAAAUAGUUAGUUUCAAAUUCGAUCUGUAGGACUGUAUGAGGGUUCC